AUGGAGAAAGCAAAGAAGGCAGUUUCCAACUUCCUCUCUCAGGACGGAAAGCACAAGACAACCGUUGAUGAGAACGUUCGAAAGCCCGUCACAGAGGAACAUGUCUUUCCUGAGCAGCAUGAACAAAUAACCACCGCUGUUGACCGCGAAGUCCACCAAGACCACCAUCAAACCGUGAUUCAGCCCAUCAAAGCCAAAGAAACAUUGCCCGAGAAGCACACCCACAACACCGUUCCCGUUGAGCACAAAACCGUCGAGCACGGCAACAAAGAGGAUGUGAAAGCUGCCCUGAAGCGAGACGCCGAAAACUACGUCAACACGUCAACUACCCACGACACCAAACAGACGGCCACGGCAGCACCGGUAGUCGAAGGCGAGCGCACCCAGCACCACGUUCACCACCACAUCCAGCCCGUCAUCGAGAAGGAGACCAUCCAGCCGGAAUACAUCCACACCACUGUUCCGAUUCACGAAACUCACCAUGCCGCCCCCAUCCAUCACGAGACUACUGUCCUGCCGGCAAAGACUAUGGAGGAGUACACGGCUGGUCGUGGAGAUUUGCAGGCCCAUUCGACCGCCAAGGUGAAGGAGUUCCCUGGCUGUCCUACGUUGAAGGAUAAGUCGCUGCAGUCGGAUACAAAGGGUCAACAGGCUAUUCACGGACAUUAA